AUGGAAGGUACUUCUUGUUAUAGUUUGUCGGGGUUUUUAUCUCUUAAACCUAUUGGAGCACUAAGUCUUGUUCUUCCUACUCGUCGUUAUUGGUGUGCAUUUAACGAAUCGAUUCAAACAUUAGAAUUUUAUCAAUCUGAACGUGAUUUAAUAAGUAAUAAGACACCCAUUGAAAAUAUACCAUUAUAUCGAGCUGCCAUUACAUUAAGUACAACUGAAGAACGUGUCUUUAUUAUUAUAACUAAUAAUAAAGAAUAUCAUUUACGAGCUGAAAAUCAUGAAGCAUUAAUGAUUUGGUUACUUGGAUUACAAACAAAACGUGAUUCAUGUAUACCAUCAAAAAAUGGAAUAACUGUACAUGAAACAGAUGCAGGUGUUGAUAUUGAUGAAGUUAUUAAUACUGAUGAUGUUUGGCGUAUGCAUCGAGCGGAUAGUUUAACAAAAACUGAAUUUUUACAUCCAAGAAUAUUUCUUACUGAACGACCUAAUCUAAGUGAUUUUUCCAGUGAAGAUGAAAAACAUCGACGAGGUUCAAUAAAUGAAAAUAAUAAUCGAAAGAUGAGUUUAUCAUCGAAUACAUGUGUUCAUCUUUGUGAAACAUGUACAUCAUCUUUAUGUGUAAAUUGUCGUUCAACAUUUAAUCGACCAUUAGAUUUAAUAAAAGAAUCUAAUCCAUAUCGAACUGGUUCAUCAAGUCAUUCAAUUGAAUCAUCAGAUUCAGCUUUUUAUGAUCAACGUUUAUUAGAUUUAAAUGAUGGUGGUGGUUUACAUCAUCAAAGUAAUCUACAAGAAACUCUAUUAACAUUGAAAUGUGAAUUAGCUUCACUUAUGAAUAAGGAAAAUAUUUAUCAAAUGAUUAUAAAAGAAAAAUCCGAUGUAAUUCGUAAACUUGAAAAACAAUUAUCUGAUGUCAUUCAAACACCAGCAUCAUCUAGCAAACAACAAACUAUUUCAAAAAUAGUUAAUGAACGAAGUCGUGAAACGAAUAAUGAACUUAAAUUUCUUCAUUGUGAAAUAACAAAAUUACAUCGAAUUAUUCGUGAUGAUGAUAUUAAAAUACGUAAACUUAUCAAGACAAUACGUUCACAACAGAGUCAACGUGAAAGUUUACAACGUGAUUAUAUUUAUUUAUUACAAACAUCUUUAUCUACGGAAGAUGUUCGAUUAUUUGGCGGAACAAAACAUCGUGAGAGAUUAAAAGAAUUAUUAGCUGAUUGUCGUAAACGUGAUCCAUCAUUACCAUCAUUUGACAAUUUGGAAGGAUCAGGAUUGUAUAUAGAUUCAUAUGGUUUUAAACAUGAAAAAAACAAUGAAAAUGAUCGUUUACAAUAUAUUUGUGUUAAACUAACACAUUUUUACGAUACAAAAGCACAUAGUACUGAUGAUCAUGUAUGGCGAUCAUUAUUAAAGACGUAUCAGACUAGUUCGACAGUUUCCAAAACAUUUAAAUAUCUUGUACGUCAAGGUAUCCCCAAUCAUCUUCGUUCAGAAGUUUGGCAUGUUUUUAUUCAAAAACAAAUUGAAAAUAUUCGAAAAGAAAAAGGUUCAUCUUAUUUUCAUAAUCUUUGUCAUUUAUUACCAAAUUCAGAUUUGAAUAAUAAAUUUGAAAAACAAAUUGCACUUGAUCUUUAUCGAACAAUGCCAACAAAUAUUCGAUUUUGCAGUAAAGAUUCAGACGGGAUCCGUCAAUUACGACAAGUUCUUCAAGUAUUUUGUUUACAUAAUUCAACAAUUGGUUAUUGUCAAGGAAUGAAUUUUAUUGUUGCUGUAGCACUUUUACUUCUUGAACCUGAAGAUGCAUUUUGGUUAUUAAUUGCAUUAACUGAAUGUCAUUUAAAUAAUUAUUAUGAUAUUGGUUUAAUUGGUGCUCAAGUUGAUCAAUUUGUUUUGAAAGAUCUUAUUAAACAAAAAGCACCGGAUAUUCAUCAACAUUUUGAAAAUAAUGAAGUUGAAAUAACUUCAUUAACACUUAAUUGGUUUAUGGCUAUAUUUAUUGAUAGUGUACCAUUUGAAACUCUAUUACGCAUAUGGGAUUGUUUUUUAUUAGAAGGUGUUAAAGUUUUAUUUCGUUUUGCAUUAGCUAUUUUAAUUAUAAAUCGUGAACAUAUUUUAACAAGAACGGAUACAAUAUCAAUGAUGAAACAAAUUAAAGAUUCAACAAAAAAUUUAAUUGAUGUUGAAAAUCUUUUUAAAAUUGCUUUUGAAGAUCUUAAACCAUUUUGUCAUCGAAAAGAUAUUUCUAUUAAACAAGCUUAUUGGACAAAAAUGUUAACAGAAAAAGUCGUUAAACGACAAUUAUCAAGAGAAGGUUUUGCAAAACGAGAUUAUGUUUUUCAAGAAAUAAACCAAUCAACAACAACACUUGAUUGUGCUGUUGUCCUUCCUAAAAAUCUUGUUUGGAUUGCAUUUGGUUCACAAUAUGCAUUACAUCUUUUUGAAGUUAAUGUUGAACAUGGGAUCAUGAUUGAUCUUGAAACUACUUAUAAUUCACGAGCAUUUUGUAUGACAUGUGUUAAUAAUGAACAUGUUUUAAUUGGUACUCUUUGUGGUACUUUAUUAUGUUUUCAAAUUGAUGAAAGACAAAUUCUUUGGGCUACUCGAUUACGAAGUUGUGUUCUUUGUAUGAUUAGUUCGAAUAAAGGAAAUUUUAAUCGAAUUUAUUGUGGUUUAUCUGAUGGAAAUUUAGCUAUUGCUGAAUUAUACGAUCAUCGAGAACCAGAAGAAGCAUUUUGUAUAACGAUAGAUAAAUCAGCAAUAACUGCUGUUGCUUAUCGUAAUGAUAAAUUAUGGUGUUUAAGUGCAACUAAAAUGACAAUACUCAAUGAAAAGACACUUGAUAUUCUAUCGAAUAUUGAUUUAACAUUUGAAAGUUUAGAUCCAUCAUCAUUACUUUAUUAUGAUACUGAUGAUAGUGAUCAUAUAUGGAUUUUACUUCGAUCAACAAGUAAUACAUUACAAGCAUGGAAUCAAUCGGAAUGUAAAUUACAUGGAACCAUAUGUUUAAAUCAUUUAUUUGAAAAAAUUGGUAAAACAGAUGAACAAUUAGCAGCUAUGGAAGAAAUAACUCAAUUAAAUUCAAAUAAUGAUGGUAGUUCAAGUAAUUUUACUGAUCAAAUUCGUAUUACUUCAUUUCUUAUACAUAAUGAACAGUUAUGGAUUGGUACAUCAACAGGUAUUAUAUUUGUAUUUAAUUUUACAUUUCAACCAAAAUCAAUACGUUCAUAUACAACUAAUGUAAAAUUUUAUUCGAGAUCAUUAAGUGUAGCAGGUCAUAUGAUUGAUGGUAUACCUCGGCGUCAUUUAUCAUUAUUACCUGAUCUUGUAAAUAAUCGAAAAAGAUCUCGUACAAGAUCUGAUUCGGCUAUGAUAGAUUUAUAUAAUUCAUUAGAUGAGUGUGAAAAUAAAGAUUUUUAUCGAAUUAGUUAUCCUGUGAAAAUAAAAGAUCGAUCUUUAAAUUUUAAUCGACGUCGUAGACGUCAUAAUUCAACAUUAACUUAUCCUAUAAUUGAAAAUCGAAAAAAUCGAGAUAAUGAUUCUGGUGAUACAAGUACAACAUUAACAUCAACAAAAACACAUUCAUCAAGUGCAGCUAUUAUAUCAACAGAUGAAUGGUCUAAAGAACAUCGACAAAUUAAAUUUCCAUCAAUAAUAAAUAAACAACAACAACAAUCAUUAGAAGCAUCAGCAAAACUUUCAUUUAAUCUUGUCUUUAAAGCAAAAAUAGCUGAUGCACCUGUUAAAUGUAUUUGUAAAACGAAAUGCGAUGAUCAAAUUGUUAUAUUAACUUGUUCUGGUAAACUUGGUGAUGAUGAAGUUGUAUGUCGAUGGAAACAAGUUCAAAAUACAAAUCAAUGGACAAAUGAUGUUAUCGUUGAAUUAAGUACUGAAACACGAUUACCUAUUCGACCCCUGUAUGCUCGUCAACAAUAUUUAAAAAAUCAUCUUGAUCGUUCAAAUAGUAUUUCCUCGAAUACUUCUAAGCUUUGA